AUGGCCAUAGCAAGGCAGCUCCAUCCUCCUGCUGGGGGGAAUGCGGUCCUUCUUUUCGGUUGCCAAUGGCUUUCCUUUGACGCUGAUGACUUCCGUCAGCUCCGCACUACUGUCCUUGAUAAUCCGGAGUAUCACUGGAUGUUAGACGUGCUUGCUGAGCUACCCAGAUAUUACCGGUUGGCCUCCACGGAACAUCUUCCAUCGUUGCAAUGCAUUUCCGGGGAACAAAAGCUGCGAGAUCUCGAACGAUGGUUUCGAUGCGAUGACCUCAGUACGGCAAAGUUUCCGCUGGCGUAUAUUCAGCUCGCCCCGUUGCUGAUGAUGACCCAUUUCACGCAGUAUGGACAGUAUCUGCGUUUCACACAUCCUCAGUACGUGGAAGACGGUACUAUCACCACCGAUGAAUCCCCCGUGGUGGAGAUCGUUGGAUUCUGCAUUGGAUUCCUUAGCGCUGCGGUUGCUUCAGCAGCGGACACAAGGGAUCAGUUGCAAGCUCUCGAGGCUGUGGCGAUGCGUUUAUCGAUGCUGUUAGGGGCAAUCGGGGACAUGAAGGAAUUUGAAGAAGGGUACACAUCGUUAGCAACGAUGUGGAAAACCCCCGAGCUUGAAGGUCGUCUGCCGGAACUACUCCACGCUCAUCCAGGGUCAUAUAUCACGGUCCGUUAUGAUGAAAAUCGCGUUACUGUUAUGACCCGACGGCAAAGUGUGGCCUCUCUGCAACACGCCCUACAAUCUGCCGGCUUCUCUGCAAAUCGCGUGGACUUCAAUGGGCGCUACCAUUGGCCUGGUCAUCAAGAUACUUUGCCAGCUUUGUUCUCACUGUGUGACGCGCACUGUGAACUCCAGCUUCCAGACGCAAAGAGUCUUGUGCGUCCGCUGAGAGAAAAUACUACUGGAGAGCCAGUACGCUGCGGACCACCAUUACACCAGCUUGUCCUACGCGCCGUUCUAGCUCAGCCUUGUGUCUGGUUGAAGACUUUUUCCUCCGUACAUCAGGCCUAUCUCACCAACCCUGAGUCCAUUGUUAUAGAGUUUGGUCCAGAACGGUGUGUUCCACCGACAUUCCUUCCCCAGCUACCUCAAGGAGUCGUCCACUUUGCAGACCUGGACCUUUCCCAAACCCUAAGUCGCGACCAUGAACUCUCUGGUCGCCCACCAGCAGAGACCGAUAUCGCCGUUGUCGGAAUGGCCUGUCGUGUUGCUGGAGCAGAUGACCUCAAUGAGUUCUGGCAGCUACUUUGCAAAGGCGAAUCCCAACACCGUGAAAUGCCCCGGGAGCGACAUGCCGAUUACGAAACGCCCUGGCGCCCGGACGCAAGCAAGAAGCCCUGGUUUGGAAACUUUGUGCGCGAUAUCGACGCCUUUGAUCAUAAGUUCUUCAAGAAGGUACCAAGAGAGGUUAUUUCCCAAGAUCCGCAGCAACGUCUCAUCCUCCAGGUUGCAUACCAAGCUCUUGAGCAAGGGGGAUAUUUCACGCACCCUCUUCCUACUUCCAAGAACAUAGGCUGUUAUAUUGCCUCUUGCACUGUCGACUACGAACACAACGUGAACUGUUACCCUGCAUCUGCGUACGCGGCCACGGGUUUACUACGCAGCUUUCUGGCCGGUAAACUCUCGCAUUACUUUGGCUGGCGCGGCCCGUCACUUUGCAUCGAUACUGCAUGUUCCGGUUCCGCUGUUGCAUUGCAUCAUGCCUGCCGAGCAAUUAUGAAUGGAGACUGCACUGCCGCCCUGGUAGGUGGCGCGAAUGCAAUCACCAGUCCGCUGGCAUAUGACAACCUUGCUGGGGCAUCGUUUCUGUCGCCCACGGGAGCCUGUAAGCCUUUCGAUGCCAAUGCCGAUGGAUACUGUCGCGGGGAGGGGUUCGCUGCAAUUUACAUUAAAAAGCUCUCGGACGCCAUUGCAGAUGGCGAUCCCGUCCUAGCAACCAUAGCCGGGACAGCUGUGGAACAGAAUGACAAUUGUACACCCAUUGUUGUCCCCGAUGCGCCGUCCCUAGCCGGGCUUUUCGAAAAGGUGACCCGGUGCGCGAGGCUAUACCCAAGAGAUAUUACAGUUGUUGAAGCACACGGUACAGGCACGCAGGCGGGUGACCCGGCGGAAUACCGGGGCGUGCGUGAGGUACUUGGUGGGCCAAGGAGACCAGGGAAACUAGCUUUGGGGUCGGUGAAAGGGCUAGUAGGCCAUACGGAGGGAGUCUCUGGCAUGAUUGCCUUGUGCAAGGUUGUAUUGAUGAUCCAAGAAGGGCAGAUCCCACCACAGCCCGGGUUUCACUCCCUGAAUCAACAUAUAAAAGUCUCCCCUGACGACCAUAUCGACAUUGCCACAACCUUGAAGUCAUGGGACUCUGGAUUCCGAGCUGCCUUGAUCAACAAUUAUGGUGCUUGCGGAUCAAAUGCGUCCAUAGUCCUGACUCAAGGGCCGAAAAGUAUUGUCGAGGUAACUGGCGGCGUACACGAUAAUGAUGUACCGUUACCGUUUCGAUUCUGCGCCUCCGAAAAGGCUCGCUUGCAGGCGUAUGCUGUGAAGUUUCGUGAAUUCCUCGCUCAUCAGACAGAGACAAAGGGCGUGUCCUUGGCGAAUCUCGCUUUUCAUGUCGCUCGACAGUCGAAUCCGAGUUUGAACUGCCAGGGUGUCUUUUGUGCGAAGUCUCUAACACAAUUGGACUCCACGUUAGCAGCCUUAGGAGAUGGAGACGAGAAACCUCUUGUACGGGUACAAAAGACUGUUCGACCAGUCAUCCUUUGCUUUGGCGGGCAAGUAGGCAGAUGUGUCGGCAUUGAUCGAAGCUUAUACGAUGCUUUCCCCUUAUUCCGGUCUCACCUUGACGCAUGCGAUAGUCUUCUGACAGCCAUGGGGGAGAAGAGUAUUUACCCCGGAAUCUUUUCUGCAACACCCGUGUCCGACACUGUCCAGCUACAAACCCAGCUGUUCUCUCUGCAAUAUGCAUGUGCGCGUAGCUGGAUCGACUCUGGACUAAACGUCACAGCGGUUGUCGGGCACAGCUUUGGUGAAUUGACAGCGUUGUGCAUCUCGGGAGUGUUGUCUCUCCCUGAUGCGCUAACAGUGAUCCUCCGUCGGGCAGUCUUGAUUCGAGAUAGUUGGGGCCAAGAUCCGGGGGCAAUGCUCGCUGUCGAGGGCGAUAAAGCUGGCCUCAAACAACACAUGGAAGGCUCAGGCGCGAGUAUAGCCUGCUUCAACGGCCCAAGAAGCUUUACCAUCGCAGGACCCACUCGAGCUGUAGAUACGCUGCAAGAGACCUUGGAAAGUGACCCUAACGUUCGCGUUAAAAGGCUUAGUAUCACAAAUGCGUUUCACUGCUCCCUUGUUGACACCAUACUUCCGGCGCUAUAUCAAGUCACAGACGGUUUGAAAUUGAACACUCCGCGAAUAACCCUGGAGCGUGCCACUGCCAUGGCUGAGAACGGAAUUCCGCCAUCCACCGUUAUAGGAGAUCAUCUCCGCCAGCCCGUUCACUUUGAAGAUGCUGUUCGGCGCUUAGCCACUCAACACGGCCCUUCCGUCUGGCUGGAAGCAGGAUCAAAUUCCACGAUUGCCUCGAUGGUCCGGAGGGCACUGGACUCCAGUGGAUCAGAGCACGCGUUUCACUCACUGAAUAUGAGCACGGGUUCUUCGCUGCAGAGUCUCACAGACGCAACGAUCGGUCUAUGGAAGGACCGUAUCUCUUGUAUGUUUUGGGCCCACCACCCUCUGCAGAGCAGGGAAUACACCCCUCUCGUUCUCCCACCGUACCAGUUUGAAAAAUCUCGGCAUUGGCUGGAGAAUAAGCCGCUUCCCAUCACCGCUAGCUCUAUGAACGACAAAUCCGAAUCCCCAGAAGACGAGCCUCGCUUCUCCUUUGUCGGGUAUCAGGACUCUCUCCAGCGACGAGCUAAAUUUCUCAUCCACACAAAUCAUCCAUGGUAUAUCGAGUCUGUAUCGGGACAUUGCGCGGCAAAGACGGCACCGAUCGCGCCGGCAUCGCUGUUGCUUGAUUACGCUGUUGAGGCGUUAAGAUCGCUCCCCGACAACAAGGGAAGAAUCCCAAGUAUGCAUGAUGUGGGCAGCGAGGCGCCCUUGUGUCUGAAUCCUAAUCGAGAGGUGUGGUUAGAGUUGACCGCCGAGCCAGACAGCAAAUAUACCUGGAGUCUAAAGUUCCAAAGUCAAGAUCGCCAGCCUGGACCGGGCUGCUCCCUGCUACUACUGCACUGUACCGGACGGGUAACCAUGCACGAUCCCUCCGACGGAAAGCUGAAAGCGGAGUUUACGCGGUACUCCAGGUUGGUCAGCCAUUCGCGAUGCAAGGAGCUUCUCUCGGACCCGGAUGUGGACGAUAUUCUGCAAGGGCAGAACGUGUAUCGUACUUUCUCGGAGAUAGUGGAGUACUCCCAGCCCUAUCGCGGGGUCCAGAAGCUUGUUGGGAAGGGAAAUGAGAGUGCUGGCCGGGUCAUAAAACGAUACUCCGGACAGACCUGGGCCGAUGCCUUCUUGUGCGAUUCCUUCAGUCAAAUCGGCGGGUUCUGGGUGAAUUGCAUGACAGAUCGUCCGGACGACGAGAUCUACAUUGCCAGUGGGAUCGAACAGUGGAUGCGGUCCCCCCGCUAUGCAAAUCUCGAUACACCAAGGCCAGAUACUUGGGAGGUAUUCGCAAAACACCAACGAGCCGAUGGGUGGUACACAAGCGAUGUAUUCGUGUUUGGAGCCGAUGGAGAUCUCGCGGAGGUUUUUCUAGGGCUGCGAUAUUCUCGAGUAGCGAAGAAUCUCUUUAUACGACUAUUGGGGGGGUCAGUUCCGAAGCGAGAGGAAGGGCCAAAAGAAGAGAAGAGGCCGCAGGAGAAUUCUUCAUCCGCUGAUUUAGUCGAGCGUGUGAAAGCUGUUGUCGCGGAAUUCUGUGCCCUUGACCCCGAUGAAAUUCAGAAUGAUAGCCACUUGGCGAAUGCUGGGGUAGACUCGCUCAUGGCGAUGGAGCUCGCCCGCGAGUUGGAAGAGGCUUUCCAUCGCACGUUAUCCGUGGAGGAGUUGCUCGAGGCGGAGACAUUUGCAGAUCUAGUCCGCUGCGUACAGGCCGCUGUAGGUGUUGUUGUUCCCGAGAAUGGGAGCCUGUACAGCAUCGACAGUGCCACCGUCAUCUCUAGCACUAGCAGUGACCGGAAGCCCUCGAGUCCUACUGAGUCUCUCACCAGCGUUUCUGACACCGCUGACUUGAGCCUCCCAUUCGAAGUCAGUGUGGAAGCAUUUCGGGGGACAAAAGCCUUCACGGAUCGGUUCCUGGAAGAGAACCAGUGCAGCGGUCGUCUCCACGAGUUCACCCCGCUGCAAGUCAAGCUCUGCGUGGUUCUUACCCUUGAAGCGUUUGAGACUCUGGGAAGCAAUAUUCGGUCAGCUCAAGUUGGUGAGCGCCUUCGUCGCAUUCCCUUUGAUUCUCAACAUCAAUCUCUGGUCGACUAUCUCUACAAUCGCCUAGAAGAAGCCUGCCUCAUUAGUCUCGACGGGAUGACUGCCGUUCGUUCAGAAAUAUCGGCACCCACUGAAUCCAGCACCAGCAUCCUCAGCCAAAUCGAGAGCGAGUAUCCUGAAUAUGCCGGUGCCAGCAAACUCGCGUUCUAUACAGGUAGUCAGCUUGCUUCAGUACUGCGUGGUGAGCAAGACGGGCUGCAUCUGAUAUUCGGCACACCCGAGGGCCAGCAGCUAGUUUCGUGGAUGUAUGGGGAGGAGCCACACAACGUGGCCGGAUAUAAACUAAUGGCUGAGUAUAUCCGGCGAGUUGUAGAAAAGGUAGUUUCCUCUGCAGCAGGAGGGUGUGGGCCAUUGAAGAUCCUCGAAAUGGGUGCCGGCACAGGUGGCGGAACGAAGUGGUUUCUACCACUACUAGCUGCUCUCCCGGUCCCGGUUGAAUACACAUUUAGUGACAUCUCCCCGGCAUUUCUGGCACAGGCACGACGCAAAUUCAAAGAUUAUCCGUUUAUUCGGUACUGCGUUCAUGAUAUCGAGAAGCCGCCUGCGGCAGAGCUGCAGCGAACGCAGCACAUUAUCAUUGCAAGUAAUGCUGUACAUGCGACAUCGAACUUGCAAGAGUCCACGAGGAACAUGCGCCAGGCACUUCGUGCCGACGGAGUGUUGAUGAUGCUUGAGAUGACGCAGCCUGUGUUUGCGAUUGAUCUGGUGUUUGGACUAUUCCGUGGAUGGUGGGUCUUUAACGAUGGACGGACACAUGCAAUUACCAGCGAGAAACGCUGGGAGGAGGACUUGCAUGCAGCCGGAUACGGACAUGUCGACUGGUCUGAUGGAGAGUCGAAGGAGGUUAGUAUACAGCGGGUGAUUUUCGCCACUGCACAAGGGGAGCAAGGAGAGCGACUGCCUAGCCCUGUCUUGAAGCACAUUGAGAGGAUGCAGGUUGUAGAAAAGUAUGCCCAAAAAGCCAUCCAGGGGUUCACUGCUCCCGGAAUGUCCCUCCAUGAACAUUCCACUGAAUCAGACAAAACUUGUGUGUUAGUAACUGGUGCAUCAGGGAGUCUUGGUAGCCAUGUUGUCGCACACCUGGCGACCCUUUCAACCGUCGAUACCGUGGUAUGUUUGAAUCGGAUCUCCGGGGAGGAUCCAUUACGGCGACAGCAGAAGUCAUUUGCUGAAAAAGGACUAUCUCUUUCUGCCGCGGAGGAAGCUAAGCUAGUCGUACUGGAGGUCAACUCACAAUGCACAGAGCUAGGCCUUGCUCCCGAUCAAUACAAAUUCCUGCAGACCAGUGUGACGCACAUCAUACAUAACGCUUGGCCCAUGAACGGCGUAAUGCCUCUAUCCAGCUUCGAACCUCAGUUCCGUGUGCUACGGAACUUGCUGGAUCUGGCACGAGAUGCCGCGGAAAUGAGAGCUCGCCCUCUCAGGUUCGUGUUUGUUUCAUCAAUAGGAACCGUGGGAGGCGGAGGAGCACUGGAAAAACGAACUCAGAUUGAACAGGUAAUGGCGAACGGCUACAACGAGGCAAAGUUUGUCUGUGAGCGGAUGGUUCAAGAGACGCUGCAGCGAUAUCCCGAGAGGUUUCAAGCCACGGUAACACGGCCAGGCCAGAUUGCAGGCUCAGCUCAAACAGGAUACUGGAAUACACCGGAGCACUUCCCCGCCAUGGUAAAAUCUUCGCAAACACUCGGGGUAUUUCCUACGCUACAAGGAGAGAUGGGAUGGACCCCAGUGGACGUGGCAGCCCAUGUCUUGUCGGAGCUACUCCUGGCUGAGUCUGACCCUGAAGAAAUAUACCACAUAGACAAUCCAGUGGGUCAAAAUUGGAGCACUGUGGUAGGCAUAAUAGCAGAGGAGCUAAACGCGACGACGGUCCCUUUCAAGGAGUGGAUUCAGCGAGUGAGGCAGGAGGAGAGUAACAGAGGCGAGAAUCCUGCAAGAGUCAUGGCAAACUGGUUGGAUCAGAAUUUCGAGCUGAUGUCGUGCCGUGGAGGAUUGGAUACGCGCGUGGCGAGGAAGCAUUCGCGGACCCUACGCGAAAUGGAGAGAGUCGGAGAGGAGACGGUGAGGAAAUUCAUAGCCAAUUGGAGAGAAAGGAAGUUUCUCUCGUAA